AUGAGCUUCACCUUGAUAACAGCUUUGCUCUGGACCUGCAGUUUGAUCUCCGUCUCUGUUUCGGAAUUCCACACUGUGGAGGUCCAGCCUGGUGAACAGGUCACACUCAUGUGCUCCAACUUUACCAGUUUUAUCUCUCACAUAUUAUGGUUCAGACUGACCAGGAGAGCCAACAUCAGCUGUAUCUCCUCUAUGUGGAGCUCUGAUAUAGACGCUUCAUUCUGUGAUGGAUUUCAAAAUGGCAAAUUUAAUAUGACCUCCAACACAACUACCCUCUUUCUCACCAUCAAACCAGUGGAUGUGUCUGACUCUGGACUGUAUUUCUGUGGACUUAAUGCAAAUGGAAACCCAGUAAUUGUCAGUGCAACAUAUUUAAAUGUUCAAGAGGUGUCUGCUGAAAUAACGAGCCUGACGAGUGUGAUCCUGGGUGCUCUGCUUAUUUUCCUCGUUGCAGUCAUCAUUGGUCUGGAUGUCAAAAUCAGGAAACUUCAUCCAGCUCAUACAGAGGGACAGAAUCUACACCACAGUGAGAACCUGGGCUCUGAUGAUAUGAACUAUGCAGCACUGAGUUUCCAUCAAAGAGCAAAAAGCAGCAGAAGGCCUCCAUCAGAGAACCAGCUGGAGACACAUGUUGUGUAUGCUGCCACCAGAUAG